GCGUAUCAUUAGCCGUAGAUCAACAGGUUUGCCAACAAGCGGCCAGCUCCAAAAAUCCACAAAAAAAUAGAGGAACAGUCCAGCUCUGGGAAAGCCAAUUCACACGCUAAUUGAAUUGCUCUCGGACCUGAAAAUUCAUUUAUGUGUAAAAAACAAUUGAAUAAAUAAAAGCAGGCAGUACCUGUGGAACGGUUCAAAGUGCAAUCGGGUCGACCCUCUGAAAAACCGCAAAUAAACCCACGAAGGACACUGAAAUUGUGAAAAAUAUAUACUCAGACAUGGCUUAUACCAAGACGCGGAGGAAUUAUGGCUUUCUGCUGGGGCUCCUCAUCCUUGGCGGUGCCUGCGGCACUUUAACCAGUGGUGGCAGUGUCGCCAGUCCUGUCUCCGCUGCCGAGCCAGGCGGACCUGGUGGAUUGACUGAACAAGUGGUGGACCAGCUUAGCGACGGCGACCUGUACGGGUACAGCAAGCGGGCCUGGCAGUCGCUGCAGAGCGGCUGGGGCAAGCGGUCUGACUCGGGGGACCCGGACAUCUACAUGACCGGACACUUUGUACCGCUGGUCAUCACCGACGGCACCAACACCAUCGACUGGGAGACCUUCGAACGCUUGGCCAGCGGACAGGCGGCGCAGCAGCAGCAGCCGCAGUCGCAGAUGCAGUCGGGCGAGGACCUGGACGAGAUCGGAGCGGAUGCGGAGGUGGAGAAGCGGGCCUGGAAGAGCAUGAACGUGGCCUGGGGAAAGCGGCGGCAGGCGCAGGGCUGGAACAAGUUCAGGGGGGCCUGGGGUAAGCGUGAGCCGACCUGGAACAACCUGAAGGGCAUGUGGGGCAAGCGCGACCAGUGGCAGAAGCUGCACGGAGGCUGGGGCAAGCGUUCCGCUGGCUCACCCCUCAACUAAUGUGGAUCUCCAAUAGAAGCAACAACUUACCCCCUUGUAUCUAACCGUAUAUAGCAUGUGUGUUUCCUCCAGCCCUGGAGGGGUUCCGUUCUAAGUGUCCAACGAUUUCGCCGGAUUCGAUUUCGCCGCCAAAAGUCAAUUCCGAAAAUGUAUGAAAGCGCCCGCCAGUUACAGGAUCCUGGCCGGCCUGUCAGCGGGGUCUCGAUCAGCCAGUAUUAUAUGCAUUAUAUCAGUAUGUCUAGUAAUCUAUCCCCCAUCUAGCACCUAGUCGUCUCCAAGUAUACAAAGAGGAUCUUUCGGAAGAAUACCGCUUUAAUUUAGAAAACGUUAACUAAGUUAAUGAAUUGUGCAUAUAAAUUAAUAAUUACGUAAAUAUACAUCAAUACAUA